AUGGAAAUUGAUGAAUUGUUGGAGAAGAAGAGUAAGGGUGAGCUAGAAAUAUCAGGGAGCAAUGAUGUUCUCACUCAAGCACUAGAAACUCCUGAACACUCGGGUAGGGUGAGGGGUGUUGGAGGCAUCAAUCCGUCCACCUACUUUAAGCUUCCAAAGAAGAAAAGGGUCAGAAUUACCAAGGCAGAAUUAAUGGCACGUGAUAGAGAGCGUGAUCGGGAGUUGGAGGAGACAAAGAAAAUGCUUAUUGAAAAACAAGCAAAGGCAGAAGAUCUCUUAAACAAAAGGAUUGCUCAACUAGAAGCACUAAUAACAAACAAGGCGAACUAUGCACCCCAUUCCCCUAUAUCAGAUAAGGGCAGUUUUCAUGAUAGAGUGAAAAAAAAUUCCCCUAUAUUAGAUGACAAGGUGCAAGAAAAUGUGGAUGAUUGUGAAAUUGUUCCUCCACCUACUGAUAAGGGUGGCGUAUGUGAGUUAGCAGUGAAUACCAUCACCAACAUAGUUGCUUUUGGUACCGUAUUUGAUGAUGUGGAUAUUAAUAAGAUGAUACAUGGAGCUGCAUUGAAGGAGGGAUGCGUUAGAGUGUCAGUGGAUGGUGAGAUUCAAGGUGAUGCACCACUUCCUUUCCCUAUAGCGGGUGAGAUGGAAUUGGUUCGAGAAGCCAUUGGAAGUCACGUGGCUUGGCCUGAGGAGCUUGUAAUUUGGAGACAGCCAUCAAAGGAGUAG